UCAAAAAGAAGAUAUAUACAGGUAUAACAAAAAGGCCUGGCCCAUCGAUAGGCCGAACAUUCAGGCCCAUUAAAUCUCUGGUUUGGUGUUAUUUUUUCUCCCUUCCUUUCGCAGCGUCGCCGAGAUUCUCAUCGGUCCUCCUCGCCUCUGCUCUUUCGUCCGUAAAGCUGUUCCUCGAGAUUGUCGGAAUCUAUUAAACUAAGAUGGAGUUAGACCCAAAGAAGGUGGUUGAAGUAUACGAGAGAUAUGAAGCUGUUGGUGAUCAGUUUCUCCUUGUUCGAAAUCAGAUGGUGGAGAAUGAUAGGGAGAGGAACGCGAACCGAGAGGCUCUUACAGCACUUAGGAAGAAAGCUAAGACAACAAAGACUAGCGUCCCUUCUCCUUUCGACUCUAUGAUGAAGGAUACUCAUGUGAGCUCAACCAAAGCCUUGAUUCAAGAAGUUUGCUCGACUUGUGGAUCCCAUGACUCUACUGAACCCACCUGGAUGAUGCUUCCUGGAACAGAUCUUUUCGCUGCGGUCCCUUUUCAUGCUGUUCACACAAUGCUAGAGAAAGAUGAAAAGAGAAUGGAGUUUGAAUCAAAGAAACUGCAGAGCUUACUCAAGGAGAAGACUCUUGUACUAUCUGAACUUGGGGCUCUUGCUGAUAGCGUUCCUCCAAGUGUUAUCAGAUCGCUGAUUACGUUAAAGGACAAACCUUCAGUUCAGUAGUAGUUUAGAUUGACACAAACGGCGUUAUCCAUUUGUGAUGUUGAAGGAUCAAGUCUUCUUAAAUGUUGAAAAAGUCAUAACCUUUGAUUAUAAUUAAAAAAUCAUAAAAUUUCCUUGUUUCUUCUAAUAAAUAAUAUUUUAAUUUUCUACUG